CAGUAAAAUAAGAAUUUUUUGUUGAAAUCCAUAGGUGCCUGUGUUAUUGAUUGAAAAUAUGACUUCAAUAAUAGGGUAUAUUGAAAACUUUAUUGCAAGUAGAGAAGACCAAAGAGUAUCUGGUUGGCUAUUUGUAUCUAGUUUUUGGCCUACAAUUAAUAUAAUUCUAAUUUAUUUGACUUCGAUAUACAUUGUUCUACCUAUUUUUAUGAAAAAUCGGGAGCCUUACAAACUGAAUACGAUUUUAAAAUUUUAUAAUAUUUUUCAAAUAAUCACAUGUGCAUUCAUAGUUUAUUGGUGUUUGACAUCUGGAUGGAUCCAGGGAGACUUCACCAUCGGUUGCCAAGCUGUAGACUAUUCCAGUAGUCCACGCGCUUUAUCUCUGCUACAAGGAUUUCAGUGGGCCUAUUUUCUGAAAAUAACAGAAUUAUUGGAAACAGUAUUUUUUGUUCUUAGAAAAAAAAAUAAGCAAGUAACAAAGUUACAUGUGUAUCAUCACAGUUCUACCUUAAUCAUGAAUUAUUUCAUAUGCAGAUUUGUUGGAGGUGGAAUGGCAUCGGUUACAGUAAUAAUAAAUUCUUUGGUUCAUAUAUUAAUGUACACAUACUAUUAUUUAGCUUCUUUGGGACCAGCUUGGCAAAAGCCUCUAGAAAAGUGGAAACCAAGAUUAACUAUAGUGCAAAUGAUCCAAUUCACACUGCUACUCCUGCACAGUUUAACGUUGCUACAGAAUUGUGGUGGACCAAGAUCGUUUUUGCUAGUUUAUAUACCGAAUAUGAUUUUUAUAUACAAAAUGUUUUAUGAUUUCUAUAAAAAAAAUUAUACAUGUUCGAAGCUAAGUGUAGCGUUAUCACAAAUCCUAAGUUAAGGAAAUGCUAUAAAUCCAGCAAUUCUACUGUUGAUUACCGAAACACGAUAAAAUAAGUAGCCUACAUACGUGCAGUCAUUUCGAAGGCUUUCGUGUUUCAAUCGGAAAAUGUCACCGUUCCGGGGAAAAAUUGAACACGAAACCGAUUGUAUUCCAAUUGGGAACUAAACUUUAUCUGAAAAAUUGGUUUCGAGUGCCGGAGCAUGCUGAAUAUGUCGCGCCCGAGAUCCCGUGGGAUAAAUUUUACCGGAUGUACCGUGAUUUAUAUUUUCACCGCAUAUAGUGCUUUAGUUGAAAUAAAAAUAGAUUUUUGGCAGUUAUUCAAAAGAUUAACACUUUAGUUAAAUAUGCCAAGAGAGAAUUCGUUUUAUUUAUUCUAUUUCCAAUAAAAAUUCCAUAAGAGUAUCCCUGAA